GCACGGGUAAACGAUACUGGCGCCAAUGAUGCGGAUGAUGAUUCCGAUGAUGACGAAGGGGAAGUUGAAGAAUGGAACCUGCGGCGUGUGUCCGCCCUGACGCUUGAUUCCAUCGCUGAGUAUUAUGGUGAAAGGAUUAUUUUUACGGUUUUAACUGUAAUUGAGGGUAUGAUGCAACCAAACAACUCAUGGAAGGAGCUGGAAGCCGCUAUAUUGGCUCUGGGGGCUAUCAUGGAUGGCUGUUUUGACUCCAUGACGCCGUAUCUGCCUGAAAUAAGUACGCGUCUACUUCAGUUGCUUGGGGACCCCUCUGUGCACUUCCUUGUUUGGAAUAUUUCACUUUGGACGAUGACGCAGAUUGGAAAGCAUAUUGUUUCCGUGCCGGAGAAAUUGAAAGGCUUUAUAACGUGCGUUCUUCAGAAGAUGGAAAGUCCCUCGAAGCUUGUGCAGGAGGGUGCCACAGCGGCACUGCAGAAGACCAUUGUUCUUUGUGACGAAGGACAGCUUGACAAUGAAAUUCCUUUCAUAAUUGACUGCAUGGCAAGGUGUCUGCGCGGGUAUCAACUCAAGAAUCGUGUGUUGCUGCUUGAAACUCUGGAAACAUUCUGUGAGGCGAUGGGAGAACAACUGCGCGUUAGGCCGGACUCUGUGGAACUGCUGAUGGCACCCCUCGGUGAGAUUUGGGGCAGCACUCCCAACGAUAGCCCGCUUCUUUUCUCCUUGUUCAAAUGCAUCUCUGGUGUCUGCAGGGCAAUUGGUGCAGCUGUGCAGCCGGAGUUGGCUAAAAACCUUUUCGAACGCUCUUACUGUUUACUUGUCAUGCAUGUGCAGGCACGCACUGAAGCUCGACGGACGAAUCAAGAUCCACCGGAGUAUGAGUUUCUUGUGACAGCUGCAGAUCUUUUAUCCGGGCUAUUUGAUGCACUUGGCACUGGUUUGGGACCACUCGUCAUGCAGUGCCAUCCGCCACUUGUUUCCACAGUGCUGGAGGCUCUCCGAGACGAAAAUGCAGAGGUGCGUCAGAGUGGCUUUUCACUUCUUGGCGACUUGUCAAAGGUCUGUCCUGUCACCGUGCAGGGCGAACUGGAACGUGUGGUGAAGGCGGCAUUGGAAAACCUGGCGGUUCUAGAUGAAAACACAUAUGGUGUCAUUAGCAAUAUCGGGUGGUGUAUGUGCAAUUUAUUAGAGAAUCAAAUGGAUAUUGAUAAUUUGUCCACGCUGGACGCAGCGAACGGAAUGCCACAGCUGUUUGCGGCGAUGGCCCGUAUUCUUGGAACCGUCUCCCACGCGGCUGAUAUGCGCAACAUGGCGGAGAACUUGUGUAUCUGUCUUGGCCUGAUGCUCUACGCCGAUCCCGGGGUGGAGUCUCAGUCCGGCUGCCAAGUCUCCCUUUUUGCCGACGCGUUUUGUUCGUACAUGCGGAAUGUGAAGGAUGUGCCUCACAAGGAGCAGGCGGUGAGCGGCUUUUUGAUGGCCGUGCGGCAACAGUUACCGUUUGUGGUGCUUCGCCUCCAUCUCUUUUUUGACCUCGCCCUCUCGCUUGCGUCGUGUCGUGCCGACGUCAAGCGGGCGAUGGGGGAGUUGCUGCAGGCGGCGAGGGCACACGCUGGCGCCCGGUGGACGCAGCAAAUGGCAGAGUACAGCGAGCAGCUCCGAACACGUCUCUACCACGUCUACGGCAUCCAGUGA